AUGAGUCGAUCGUUGUUCUAUGCUGCGCUGAAUCACGAUUUCUCAGAAGCUAUUUUGGGUGGCUGUCAAUCCACCUUCGACUCAACUGGAUGGCUGGACUCACCACCACCGGAGAAUCCAGAAAGGGAACGUGAAGACUUCACUUGCAUAUCCACGGAGAUUGCGCGGCAUAUGAUCCAAUUGCCUCGAUUGGUAGCGUUGGUUCGACAGGUCCGCAGUGACCCUUUCCACGCUGACGCAAGCAUAGAGGCGUUAUCGUUAGCGGAGCAUCUCUAUUGCCGCUAUUCUGACAUAAUAGCUUCCAGGAUCGACGCGGUGUUGAUCACAGGCGCAGCGUCGGUGGAUACACUCGACGAAGAGCUGGCAAGAUACUGUCCGAAGUCGCUCGAGUUUGAGUGGUUCAACAUCUUCGAGGGCGUGGUUCGCUGCUAUUAUGUGCGAAUCCUGGUCCUUCAUUUGUGUGCGACAUUGAGGACCACUUUCCCGUUCUCGCCGAUCCUUAAUGCUGCGGAUUUAGAAGAGGAGGAAGCCCAAUGUGCAGCAUUGAUAGCGGCGUCUGUUCAGUACGCAGAGAAGCAGGAGCCGUUCCUGUUAGGCGCACUCAUCAUGCGGUUACCUCUCCAAGUGGCAUACGGUACUUGGUGGCGGAGAAUGACACAUGAUAGCAUGGAACAAGACCAGGUUUGGGAAGGAGAAAAAGCAACGUUCAUGGAAGAAUGGUGCGCGCAAAAGACGAACGCGUUUAUAGAGGUAUUGAAUGGGGACCACGUCUCGAAGCACAAGCUUCGAGCCAUGUACGUAGCAGCUGCGGAAGGCGGUCCAUGGGAAAUUUGCAAGCAGAAGGGGCCACUUGUAUAG